UUGCCCUAAUUUCUGAGUUUGAUUUCGUCUCCUUCGCCUCUCUCCGUUGUUAUACCCUCUGCUAUUAUCUCUGAGAUUCAAUCCUUCAGCUCUUAAUCUCUGAUUCAUUGUAUCUCCAUUGCACCGCCACCCACUCUCCCGGUACUCCAUUUUCCAGCCUCACUGAGCGGCGGCUCUCACAUUCAAGCUUUAGCCGACACCACACUGUCCCCUCAACAUCUUAUCCGCCCUCGUCUCUCACCAUCUCAGGGUGGACAUCAGCAAAAUUCCAUAAUGCAGUCUACUGAAGUCCCCAUUUCCAUGGAAGUGGAAGCAGUUUCAAGUAAAACAGCAACUGAAGUUGGCACCUUGCCACCAAAACCAAAGUUUGAUCCUCUAAAGCCUCAUGAGAUGAAUGAUGGCCGCGUUCAGUUCCGAAAAGUAUCUGUUCCUCCACAUCGUUAUUCCCCUCUCAAGAAAGCAUGGAUGGAGAUCUACACCCCUAUAUAUGAUCAGAUGAAAAUUGACGUCCGUAUGAACCUCAAGGCUCGUAAAGUUGAACUGAAAACAAGAGCAGACACACCUGACAUCAGUAACUUGCAAAAGUGUGCAGAUUUUGUUCACGCCUUCAUGCUCGGUUUUGAUGUAAUCGAUGCCAUUGCACUCUUACGAGUGGAUGAACUCUACGUAGAAUCUUUUGAGAUCAAAGAUGUUAAGACGCUUCGAGGCGAGCAUUUGUCCCGUGCCAUAGGCAGACUGUCUGGUAAAGCUGGUAAAACAAAGUUUGCCAUUGAAAAUGCUACAAAGACGAGGAUAGUUAUUGCAGACACCAAGAUUCACAUAUUAGGAUCCUUUGCCAACAUCAAGAUUGCUAGAGAUUCUCUUUGCAGCCUCAUUUUAGGUUCUCCAGCUGGAAAAGUUUAUUCAAAAUUAAGAGCAGUUACAGCCAGAUUGGCAGAAAGGUUUUGAUCUUUUAUUAUUUUUGCAUACUGGUCAUUUGAGUAAGAGUGAAAAUUUAUUGAGAUGCUUGCGCAUUGAAGUUUUGUCCUAUAUACUAAUUAUUAAUCAAUUCACGUUCUCUUAAUGGGUAUAAGGUGAUUGAUAUUUA